AUGAGGGUGACAAACCGGCAGAGACCCAGGCAAUGGCAAGAGCAACAAUGUUCACAGGAGGAGACGACCGGUGGUCACGACACCACCAACAAGAUUUCCAAGAUGGAUAUUCUUGAUAACGCCAACAGUAUUGACAAACCAACGGCGACUGAUACUCUUGUCACAAGACUAGAACUAUUUGACUUCGCAUUAGAGGCAGAUCACAUUUUAAAGGAGACCCACUCACCCGCCAAAGGGGACGAGGCGCCAUUCGACUGCGAGGCUGCCACAGUAGCAGUCUCCACAGUGACGGAACCCUUGGUAUUGCAGAGGGAUGCCUCCACAGUGGUAGAGCCGUUGGUAUUGCAGUUCUAGGGGAUAAGGACACCAUGAGUCUCUUCCUGGGGCGUACAUGGGAACACCGGGAGAAGGAUUGCAACGCACAACAACGCUCAAUUAUGACCUAGUUGGUGCUGGCAGGGACCCUUAUACCCACAUGCAAAUGCCCCAUAAUGUAAUUGCGCAAAACACCCGUAUUAGUGGUGCGCAACUGGCACAAGCAGAUCCUGUAGACGAUGAUGACACUGGAAACAUGAUGCAUGCCAAUCCAGUAGAUCUGGAAGCUGCUCAGCGACGGAAACAAAAACGG